AUGGACUUGGGCAGCCUUCUCAACCCGUCACCCGAGUCAUUGAUCAGCGCCGCCAGCUUCUUCGACAACAGCGAGAACCUCAACCACGACGACGCACGCGCGAGUCGUCGUGACAUCGCCAACGUCAAGGGAUCUGCGUCAACGCUCGUCGCCGAUCAACGCCCGACGGCGCCUGCGGACCGGGACCAUGACAUGUACGAACACAACCAAGAACACCAGGUGCAUCCGACCGCCAGAACACAGCCUACUGCGGCUCCGAUCCCUUCGUUCCUGCUGAGAAAGCGCGAGCGAGCUCUAACAGCAUCAUCGUCGCUGUCGUCGUCGUCUGCUGCCGCUGGCUCAGCCUCCGCCCACGCCAACGGCGGCCCACCGGCGGCUCCGCCAAAUCGACAAUCAGCCUCGAUGUGGCCGACGUCCCCUUCCAGGCAAGUCAUCACACCUGCUGCUACUUUUGCUAGACCCUGGGGGGCUCUUUCAAGUCGGGCUCUGCUCCUCUCUCCCCUGUCUACGCGCGCGACGACAUCCGAAGUCGCGGAUGAUCUCCUGACGCAUUUCUUCAAGGAGAAUUCUUGGACGUGCGCGCAUCCGGUCGCGGCCCGUUCUCAGGGGCGCGUGCCUUGCGGCCUCUGGACUCAAACGAACCCCCGACGGGGCGAGGCAUGCAUGUUAAAAAGCGAUUCUGGAGCUAACUUAGCUGCCGUUGCGUGUCCCCUAUCGGCUUCUAAAAAUCAAUUUUUUACAGAUAUGACCAGUCUGGGUCAUCCCUGGUCGGCCCAGGCCAUCAUGGCCACUCUACGGACGUUGCAGCAGCUCCUCUGGCUGCGGUUGGGCCGAUGCCGCCGUCCGCCCUUGGCCCGAUCGCCCCGCCGCCGCCGCUCCUCGCCGACGAGCUGCUCCGGACGACGAUCUUGUGGAGAGCGUUCGCCGGCUCACUCGACUCGAUCAAAGCCGAGUCAGGAUCUGGUGAGUGCUGCCUCGCUGCUGCCUUAUCCACUCGAAGCCAAGCAUCGGCCUUGGUACACGCUUCUGUCUCUGCUGCGUGGGAUGGCACGUCAUCGUGUCGAAGAUGGCCUUUCCGACUUCGAUCACGGGACUACCCGUGCCCGGCCGAUCAUUUCAUCUCGCGCGCGCGCCGCACCGCGUGAGCGAGUGAAACACGACUCGCGAGCCUUUUUGCCAGGACGCAGACUCGUCUGCCGUAGUUCGGGCCUGAGUCUCUCAACCAGACAAAUAAAAGCCCUCCUUCCCGAGCGCAUUACUGCGCAGCUAUUCCAAUAAUCUGCUCACCUUGAUUAUUAUUAUGCUCCAGAUGAAUCGUUGGACCGAUACUCGGCGCAACACGUCUCUUGGGUUUUCAAUUCGCGCGAGCAGAAUUAUCGCAACCAACUCUGGGCCGACUGGACCAUCUAUCAGACCUUGUGGGAGAAGCUCGGCGUCAGAGCUUUCCCCAUAUCGGAGCGAAAGGUGCGUGCUCUUCUACUUAAAGCUUGAACACCAUGAUGUAAAAGCAACGCUAACGCAUCCACUCCAUUAUAUGCUUUCAGGUCACUCUGUUGGUCUCGCAAUUCGUCGACCUGCCUUGCUCAGCUUCGCUCCGCCACGCCUAUGGUAGCGUCACGACGGCUCAAAACGUCAAUCUGCAUCGUGCCGAGUCCAUGCUCAACACCCUCAAGCUCGCUGGCCAGGCAACACUGCACCUUUGGCCCCGAGUUCGGUCCUUUCAUGAAGCCGACUCUGACCGGUUCGAGACGCUGCGCGAAGUGUGGCAGAGGAUCCCGUGGUUCAAGUGCGUAGGCAGCACUCGAUCAUCAGGUAGAAGAACUUAUCCCGAGCUGAUAUCGUCUGGCUCUGCCCGCUCCCCAUCGAUUAGGAUGCCGAAGAAGACUCGGCUCCCCAAGACCGUAAGCGUCAAGCGCGAGCGAAGCACCACCUAUGAUUUGCACCUGUCUGCCGAUGAACCGAGGACUGGACGUAUCGACCAGCAUGCGAUGUCUUUCGAGGAAGGUGAGAAGACGCGGCGCCUGACACGCGAUGAACCCAGAGCUCAAUCGCUAAUUCUGAGUUCCGCAAUCACCUCGAUCUCAGACGGCAUGUUCGAACUCAUCCCCUUCCCGCGCCUUCUCGUUGAUCUCCCGAUGGUCACUCAGGACCUGCGCAUCCUGCGACCUGGUGAGUACCUGCCUGCAUCGAACGCCUACCGGUUCAUGUGCUGAUCUGAGUUCACUUCGUCCCCCGACAUGCAAGAUCCGGCACUGAAUCAUUUGGGCCAUGGACGUCUUCAGACCGCGCUCGCUCACGAGGACUCGGCUCAAAUCGAUACCCGCUACUCGAUACGUCGGAUUUGGAUGUUUUACGCCGAUCUAAGCGCACGAUUCCCCAUGCCCGAAUUCCCAAUUACUCCGAUCAAGCUCGCACUGUUCGCGUUCGCGUAUACACCCGGGCCGAUCCGCGCCACCUUUGACCAGAUCUCGCACUAUGAGCACGUUCGGCAAUUUCCAGCCUUUGAAGACUCGCAUUCGUUCAUCAAGGCUCUCGAGACUCUCGAGGCGACGCAACGCUUGACACGUGACCUGGGCGAGGUUCACGCUUAUGAGAACGCUCAGUGGCUCAUGUGGAAGAACGCCUUCAUUAAUGACAUGCUAACGUAGGUGAUCAUUGCUAAAGCAGUACCAAAAAUUGUGUACUGACAUCAGACGUCUGUACUCUCUCCGCUCAUUCUCAGCGUCACCACCAAGUCGCCCCGGUCGACCGAUUCCGGCGGUUCCAUGGACGGUGUGUCCUCGUCAAACUCUUCCAACGCCGAUACCAGCAAGUCGAACUCGCUCUCGUCAAAUUCUUCGGCGCCAUCCUCUUCGUCGUCGACGGGUAAUGGGAACGGGAAGGCGGGACGACCUCGUUUGCCGUCCGCAGCCCCUCUACUGAACAAACCAGCGGCGAGCCGAUCACACCAAGUGCCGAUGAAGCGGGGCCGCUCAUUCUCAGACCACUCUGACACCUGGAGUGAACACUCUGAUGCACCGCUCACGUCAGCCGGAACAGGCUCGGCGAAUGCAAAUGGGGCAAUCGCGGGCUCCCAUCGUCGACCAGGACGACCCCGUAAGCAACGCACCCAAACGAUCACGCCCCCUCCACAACCUUGGAAGCCAGAGAAGCUGGGCGAACUCCCAGAGGAUCGUCGACCUCCCCCCUUACCACCCGUCUUCCCCCAUCCUUUUGCGAGCAUGUUUGCCGGCGACGAAGCCGACGCUUUACAAGGCCGCAGCGUUGCUUUGCACCGACCCAAGCGCAUCGUCGGCCUCAAGAUGAUACCCCUCGCGAACCUCGCUAUCCUCGCUUAG